CAUGAAUCAUUGGGAGGCGACAUACAUAAUUGCUCCAGUAGGAAAAUGAACAGUUCUUUUCCAACAGCCCGCGCCAAGCAGUAGACUGUGAUACAGAGGUCACUUGCUGAGAAGCAGCGACACCUUUAGCCUACUGGACGUAUACACGUUUAACUGGGCAUAGAUCGUACCGUUGAAUUUAGAUCAAAAGGAUCACGCCUCAUUCUGAGUUUAUUUUCAGUAGCUCCAAAAAAUGAAUAUUGUAUACCUCAGAUCUGCGCUUUUUCUCGCUUAUGGAUCCGGUGAGUGAGUCGGGACCAAUGACUGGUCGGGACUUAAAACCAAACCGUGACAAUGUUGCAGCGAUCUGUUUAUCUUGGGGUUAUAUUAUAUAGGCUAGCCCAGCCGUUCGAAAAAUGUAUAGAAUAAUCAUAUAUUCUGUAGGAAUAUAUAAUAGUAGGCUAUAUAUGACAUUUCUUAACAUAGGUUUUAACAUGUAUAGCCUAAUAUGUCAAACUAUUUAAUGUGUCAAUGAACUGGAGUCGGGGCAUGUUUCCUCUCUGUUCUCUCUCUCUUGUCACUCGGGAGGCAUUAACCUACUUUGUGUGGCUGCAUUCAAUCUCAUGCUUUAAUAGUAUUCUAAUAAAAGUUACCCAUGUGUGUGUCUCCAGUGUGUUUCAGGCUAUCAAGUGGUGCCUCUGCCAUUACCAUUGACCAGCACGAAGAUAACUCUCCUGCCCAAUUAGCUGUGGUCAGUCUCCUCCACAAUGAUCUGAAAACAAGAGACAACCAGCUAGAAUAUGACAAGGAGGAGGAGUACUAUUAUGAACAUGGUGAAGAGGACUAUCUGUCUGGGGAUUACGAAAUGGAAUUUCCAAAAGGUACAGCAGUUUACCACAGUUUAUUUCUAUGUAUUCAUCAGAUUCACGUUUUGCAUAAGGAACCUAUUUACAAUGUAUAGGGAUCUUAUCGCUCCGAAUCCCAAUUAUUUGUUGUUAAUACAUAUAUUGCACAUUAUUUGACGUUCCCGUCUUCCUCUCAUCUCCAGUGGCAUUUUCCACCAAGCCGAAAGAUCUGCCCAUGUCUCCCUACACAGACAGGAGAAGGGCGAGCAAGAGAAACGGCAAGGGUAGGAAGAGGAACCCCUGUCUGAAGAAAUAUAAAGACUACUGCAUUCAUGGGGUCUGCCAAUACCUGAGAGAGCUACGAGAGCCAUCCUGCAUGUGAGCCCCAUCCCCUCAUUCAGCGCCAUAUCUGUAUUUUGUUAGAGACACUUAUCAUCUGUGAUUGUGUCUCCAAACUCAAGUCACUGUUUACUGUAUUUAUUUUUUAGAUGUCUGCCGGGAUACUCUGGUGAGCGGUGUCACCUUUUCAGCCUGCCGGUGACAAAGGAAGCAGGAGGCUACAACAGGACAAUAGCGCUGGCUGUGGUAGCAGUGGUUGUGUCCUUUCUGUGUCUGACAGUCAUCGCCAUUUUAAUGGCCAUCAGGUCAGUGUGCCUCAGAACUUGUUUCUUGUCUUUUAAAAAGUUUGAGAUGUUUCAGGAUCACCAACUCGCCCCUGUCCUGUCCACCAAUAUUAUUAACAUACUGUUUUCCUCCAUUGUCAUAUUAGGUGUCAUAAGCAAGGUCAAUACAACCUUGACAAUGAGAAGGUCAAGCUUGAGGCGGUCGCACAUCCCUGAUAAUUUAGUGACAGAGUGAGUGUCUUUCUAUUACACAACGAUUCAUGGCCUCAUACAGUUUUUUUUUAUCUGAGGCAUUGUCAUAAAGUUAUGUGAAUAGGUGGUUGCUUAUUGUUUCUCCAUGUGCUCUAUUUCCGCUAGGAGGAUGACAAUUCUACCUCAGUUCAUUUGAAGGUAAAGUUCAUCCCCAAGAGGAACCUGUGGUGACGCAGGGGGGAGAUGUAUUAUGUCUACCUCGUAGGACACCUGCACGGUCUGACAGACCUCCUGAAUGAAAGGAUUGGAUGGCAAACCAUGAUUAUAUGCGUGGGCCAUUUCCCAAUUGGAACAGAAAUCUCCAUGAACUAAAUUGGGGCAAACGAACUUGACUGAAGUCAUUUUACAUGACACAGAGGAAUUAAAGCUGACCGAGGAGAGAAUUUAGGGAAUUUAGAUUGUUGUCAGUUGGUGUCACUCCUACGUGACGCUCGUCCCUCAAGCUAUCUGACAUACAGUAUCACAAUAGGGAAAUGAUUGUGCCCUCUCAGCUGUGUGAAGCUUUCCUCCUCCAUCUGAAAUUACAUUAAUUGUAGAAAAGUGUGCCUAAUCUCCAUGUGGUUUUUGUAUGUGGUUUUUUACCAGCAUUUUCAUUGUAGUAUGGUGUAUUGUAUCAGUCCUUUAAAUAAUUUAUUUAUUGAGUACUUAAGAGGUAUUUAUUCAGAUUUAUACUUGCUUUUUUAUGUUCAGAGUGCACUGUCAGUUUGUUUGUAUGCUUCUGUAUUCUGUCAUAUUUAUGUUAAUAUGUAUUUAUAGCGUAGAAACAACAUGCUGCUCAAGUUUUAAUAUAAUAUUUUUGGUUAUACCAAAAUAAUAAACCUCAGAAGAAAACAGAAUUGCAGAAGAAAUGCUGAAGGUGAAAGAACAUUCAUUAUGUACUUGCUUCUAUUUCACGGACAGAGUGAGGUUUGAACAAUCAAUAAUGCCAGAAAUAAAACAUUUUGUCAAAAAUGUGAGGAAUAAGGACAGAGUUUGAUGUAAACUGCAAUUCGAUGAAACAUCAACUUGAGAAAUGUUUUCAGAACGAAAAGGGCAAAAAUAAACACAGCUUUUCA